AUGAAGACCGCUGGCACUUUUGUUGCUCUGGCCGCUGCCGCCGGCAGUGCCGCCGCCGCCCCGGCCGAGAGCUCCGGCCUCACCUUCAGCGUCCCGGCGCACAAGAACCCUGUCCAGCGCAACCCCAUUGCCGACGCGCACUAUGCCCUCCGCAAGUUUGCCAGCCCCGAGACGAUCCAGGGCAUCGAGGCCGACCUCCUCGCCCGGCGCGCGGCCGUCCCCCUGGCCCGGCGCGGGGAGAACGCCACGGUCGGUGCCAACCCGCACGGCCCCACGCCCGGCGUCGACACCUCGUACCUCUGCGAGGUCAGCAUCGGCACGCCCUCGCAGAAGCUCAUGCUCAACUUUGACACGGGCUCCAGCGACCUGUGGGUGUUCAGCACCGACACCACAAAGUCCGAGACCAAGGGCCAGACCCUCUACAAGCCCGCCCAGUCGAGCUCCUCCAAGCUCCUGCAGGGCUUCAAGUGGGCCAUUGGCUACGGCGACCAGAGCUACAGCAAGGGCAUCGUCUACCAGGACGUUGUCAAGGUCGGCAGCGCCAGCGUCGCCAGCCAGGCUGUCGAGUCCGCCCAGGAGGUCUCGUCGCAGUUCACCAACGACGCCGGCAGCUCCGGCUUGCUCGGCCUCGCCUACGACAAGGGCAACACGGUCAAGCCCACGCAGCAAACGACGUGGUUCUCCAGCAUCAAGAGCAGACUGGCACAGCCGCUUUUCACCGCCCGUCUGAAGCACCAGGAGGUCGGCUCCUACAACUUUGGCUACAUUGACAAGUCCCAAUACACUGGCGCCAUCUCGUACACGCCUGCCUUUACCGACGAUCUCGGCCACCGUCUCUUCAACGCCACCGGCUACGCUGUUGCGGAUGCCGAUCUCAACGACCGCGUCAUCACCGGCACCGCCGAUACCGGCACCUCCAUUGUCUACCUCCCUACCGAUGUUGCGUCGGACUACUGGAGCCACGUGGACAGUGCCCAGCAGCAGGAGGUCGCCGCGGGCCAGUACCUGUGGACAUUUGACUGCGACGCUAGCCUCCCUACCUUUUCUUUCGGUGUUGGGAAUGGCCGCAUCACCAUCCACAGCGACAACAUCAACUUUGCUCCCGAGCAGGGAACUUGCGUGGGUGGCAUUGGUGGUAUUGGUGGUAGCCUGGCCAUCUUUGGCGAUGUCGCCUUGAAGUCUGGUUUCGUCGUGUAUGAUGAUGGCAAUAGUCGUCUUGGCUGGGCCGAGGGUGCCUAA